ACGCCCUCGCUGACCCCCAACAGAUAUCGAGCUUAACUUUUACGGCACAUGCUGCACCCUUCUUUUCGCAGAAGUGACCUAAACCCAAGUUUACAUUUGAUUCUAUUCCACCCAGUGUCGGGUAUUAGCCUACACUUACGGGAAGUGUGAUGAAGGAGCAGUUACUUUGUUGAGAUUGGAUACUAGACGCGGUAGUAGCCAAGUUACAGUAUUUAUUGAGGGAAGCUCAUGGCGGCUGUGAGUGUGAGUAGCGGUAGUAGUGACACAUCUAGCACCGGCGAAGAGGAGAGGAUGAGGCGGUUGUUUCUGACUUGCGACGGCGACGGUGAUGGAUACAUCAACAGGAAUGACCUGCUGAUGGUGUGCAGACAGCUAAACAUGGAGGAGUCUGUGGCAGAGAUCAUGGGCCAGCUGGGAGCGGAUGAGCGAGGCAAGAUCUCCUUCGAGGACUUCACCCGCUGCCGCAUGCAGCUGGUCAACGAGAUCCGCAAGGAAGAGGGCGAGCUCUCCCAACGCUCUCAGGACUCUGAAACUAGGAAGCUCAGGGAACACAUCACCUCUUGGCCAAUCAGCAGCGAGAACAGCCUGGGGGCCCUGUCAGGGGCCAGAGAGAGCUGGCAGUACGACUCUGGGGCCAGGGACCUCCAGAGUCCAGACAUCCAGCCUCGGCAAACACAGACCCAGCAGCAGCCAGCCAUCCUCCAGAAGGUCCUGGAACCGCCUGGGACUGUCCUAGAACAGCAGGCUGCUCUUCAUAUGCUCCUGUCCCAGACCAGCGCCCGCUGUGCCCCCCUGGGGGGAAAUUACCUGGAGCUGGCCAACACACUCCAGCUGACAGCCCUGGCCUCGUGGAAGGGGGAUGUGGUGGAGCUGAACAAGCGGCUGGUGCAGACGGAGAGAGAAAGAGAGCUGCUAGAGAAGAGACUGGCCAAAGCACAGUGUGAGCAGUCCUAUCUGAUGCGGGAGCAUGAGGACGUUCAGGAGCGGACCACCCUACGAUACGAGGAGAGGAUCACAGAGCUACACAGUAUCAUCGCUGAGCUCAACAAGAAGAUCGACCUGCUACAAGGCACUACCAUCAGGGAGGAGGAUGAGUUUUCGGAGCUGCGUUCAGAGCUCAGCCACAGCCAGCACGAGGUCAACGAGGACGGACGCAGCCUCGACCAGGACGUGGCCUCCGUCUCACUGGCUGAAAACCACUCCACCCUGGCGAGCGCCAACAUGGACAACUGCAGUGACCUGAACUCAGAGCUGCAGCGGGUUCUGACGGGGUUGGAGAGCGUGCUGUGUGGGAGGAAGAAGAGCACAUGCAGCCUGUCUGUGGCCGAGGUCGACCGCCACAUAGAGCAGCUGACCACCGCCAGCCAACACUGUGACCUUGCCAUCAAGACGGUGGAGGAGAUCGAGGGGGCCUUGGGCCGGGACUUCUACCCCAGCCUGUCGGAGGAGCGUAUGCACUGGCAGAAGGAGCUGUCCGGCCUGAGGGAAGAGAACGAGAGCCUGACGGCCAUGCUGUGCUCCAAGGAGGAGGACCUAAACCGCACUAAGGCCACCAUGAACGCCAUCCGGGAGGAACGUGACCGCUUGAGACGACGGGUGCGAGAGCUGCAGACGCGUCUCCAGAGCUCCCAGCCUGCAGGCCUGUCCAGCCCCGGGCGUCUCACCCCCACCUCCCGUCCAAUCAACCCCAGCACUGGGGAACUCAGCACCAGCAGCAGCAGUAACGAUAUACCUGUGGCCAAGGUGGCGGAGCGGGUGAAACUGUCUAAAACCAGGUCGGAGUCUUCCUCCACCGAGAGACCUGUUCUGGGAUCAGAGAUCAGCAGCAUCGGGGUGUCCAGUAAUGUGGCGGAGCACUUGGCACACUCCCUCCAGGACUGCUCCAACAUUCAGGAGAUCUUCCAGACCCUCUACUCCCACGGAUCAGCCAUCUCUGAGAACAAGAUCAGGGAGUUUGAGGUGGAGACGGAGAGACUUAACAGCCGCAUCGAGCACCUGAAGUCUCAGAAUGACCUCUUGACCAUCACGUUGGAGGAGUGUAAGGGCAACGCCGAGAGGAUGAGCAUGCUGGUGGGCAAAUACGAGUCCAACGCCACCGCCCUACGACUGGCACUGCAGUACAGUGAACAGUGUAUAGAGGCCUAUGAGCUGCUGUUGACGCUGGCGGAGAGUGAACAGAGUCUGGUACUGGGCCAGUUCAGAGCUGCCGGAGUGGGCGACGUAGGCGAGAAGUUGGGAGAGGAGAGCAUCACUCAAAUCCUGAAGAGGGCCCAUGACUGCAGGAAGACAGCAGAGAAUGCAGCCAAGGAUCUUCUGGGCAGGCUGGACGGUAGCUGUGGAGCCGCAUUCGCUGUGACUGGCUGCAGUGUUCAACCAUGGGAGAGCCUGUCCUCCAAUAGUCACACUAGCACCACCAGUUCCACGACCAGCUCGUGCGACACAGACUUCUCCAAGGAGGACGAACAGCGACUGAAAGACUACGUGCAGCAGCUAAAGAAUGACCGUGCGGCAGUCAAGCUGACCAUGCUGGAGCUAGAGAGCGUUCACGUCGACCCCCUCAGCCUUGAGGUCAAGCCCCGGGGAGACACGCACCGUCUGGACCUGGAGAACGCUGUGCUGAUGCAGGAGCUCAUGGCCAUGAAGGAGGAGAUGGCGGAGUUGAAGGCCCAGCUCUACCUGCUGGAGAAGGAGAAGAAGGCGGUGGAGCUGCGGCUGAGCACGCGGGAGGCCCAGGAGCAGGCCUACCUGGUGCACAUCGAGCACCUCAAGGCCGAGGUGGAGGAGCAGCAGGAGCAGCGCAGGAGAUCCCUCAGCUCCACUGGGAGUAGUAGUAAAGACAAGAGCCAAGCCGCUAAGGAUUGUGGAGACUCUCCGGCCAUCAGCGUAUCAGACCUGAGGACACUGAAUGAUAGCGACCUGGCAGCAGAGCUCACCAACGCACUGAGACGGGAGAAGAAGCUAAAGGGGCGUGUCCAGGAGCUAGUGGCAGCCCUGGAAAGACUAACCAAGAGUAGCGAGGUCCGCCACCAGCAGAGUGCCGAGUUCGUCAACGAUCUGAAACGGGCAAACAGUAACCUGGUGGCUGCGUAUGAGAAGGCCAAGAAGAAGCACCAGGGCAAGCUGAAAAAGCUGGAGGCUCAGAUGAUGGCCAUGGUGGAGCGCCACGAGACCCACGUCCGCAUGCUCAAACAACGCAUCGCCCUGCUGGAGGAGGAAAACUCACGGCCACACACCAACGAGACCUCCCUAUGAGAACUGAUGAGACGUCCCUAUCAGAACUCACGAGGCAUCACUAUGAGAACUCACCAGACGUCGCUUCAGAAACUCACCAGACGUCGCUAUGAGAACUCACCAGACGUCGCUAUGAGAACUCACCAGACGUCGCUAUGAGAACUCACCAGACGUCGCUAUGAGAACUCACCAGACAUCGCUUCAGAAACUCACCAGACGUCGCUAUGAGAACUCACCAGACGUCGCUAUGAGAAACUCACCAGACGUCGCUAUGAGAACUCACCAGACGUCGCUUCAGAAACUCACCAGACGUCGCUAUGAGAACUCACCAGACAUCGCUUCAGAAACUCACCAGACGUCGCUAUGAGAACUCACCAGACAUCGCUUCAGAAACUCACCAGACUUCGCUAUGAGAACUCACCAGAACUCACAAUGAGAGACAUCACUGUGAGAACUUGCAGCCAAAACUCACAGCGCCACACCAACAGGACCUCCGGGUGAGCAACGCUAGGAGACUUCAUGUCUGGGGAGGACACUCUGCGGUGAUAGCUGCAAGUUCAUUGGCCAGCAGAUGGACAGGUAAAACUGCCAGGACCAAUUGGAGUUGACACUACAAAUGACAGCUAUCAAUCAUCUCUGCAGAACGACACAUUAUUUUUUACCACAGAAACCGGUACAGGAAAAGUGUCAUUUUAUAUUUUUUGAGAGGAGCACUAUAAGUAAGCAAUAAGGCACCUCGGGGGUUUGUGGAAUUUGGCCAAGCAUCGUGGAGUGCCUGGACACAGCCCAUAGACAUGGCAUAUUGGCUAUAUACCACAAACCCCUGAGGUGCCUUAUUGCUAUUAUAAACUGGUUGCCAACGUAAUUAGAGCUGUAAAAAUAAAUGUUUUGAUAUACCACGGCUGUCAGCCAAUCAGCAUUCAGGGCUCUAACCACCCAGUAUAUAAUAUAAACUAACUAUCUUUACUGGCAAAUUAUUAACUAUUAUCUCCCAGUUUAUUUCAAAUGUUAGCUUUGAUUUGGGUUUGACUGCAAAUUAUUUUGAAAGUAUUUUUUAUCAAUGUUGCCAUUUAGAGUUAUUCCAUUUUGUUGCCAUCUAGAACUAUUUCUGGUGAUUCCCUUUUAAGGAAUACCUUUCUUUCAGCUCUACUUAACAACUUCCCAGUUUUCAGUCUACAAAGUACACUCUGCCAUAGUGAAGACUUACUGAACACAAGGGCUCUAUUCACUCACACGUGGGUUUGAUGUCUGGAUAUCUUAAAAACAGUAUUAUUCUUGCACUGUUAGAAUGCAUUUUUUUUUAAAUUCAGUCAGUGUAAAAUCAAAAUAAACGCAACCGCAUUUUACUUAACCCCGCACAGGUAAAAUGUGUGUAUUUCACGUAACCGGCAAACCUGCUUCCAAGGUUUGAUUGGAUAGGGCCCUAGGUCAAUACUUCAAAGUGCGCAAAAUGUCCUUCCAAUAUGAAUGGCAGUGUUUCAGGUUCAGCCUUCAACUAUACAGCAGUGAAUCGCAAGAGACUAGUAGGUGUGUGCACAUGGAGGGGAGAUGACAAUAGGGGUGUGUGUAUGUGAGGAGAGAGAAAAGGGUAGAGUGUAUAAGAAUGUUUAAAGCAGAGAUCCAAGAUUAUUCAUUUUGUCAUCCCCUUCAUGAACACAGAUUUGUUGCACACACACAAACAUCCUCUCCGGCCAAAGCACUUUUCACUUCCCGCUGGACAAUAACACCACAUUGCCUUGUUGAGGACAACCCGGACCUCCAAUGUUAACCAAUGGCUCUCGGUCGCUCUUUCGACCUCGACGAGGGAACCACAUACUUACUAUUCUAUAGCAAUCUGAGAUGCUGCAUUCUCACUACCUGACUGCUGUUGCGUUCAACAUCACUACCGUUGCUAGUUACUAUAAAUCGGCUUAAACCGGGAGCCUGGCACCCAGGUGACACCCAUGUUUCUAGAUAACCAUCAGUAGCCUGGUAUACAGAUGUUUUGAUUAGGCAGGGGUGGAUCAAUUCCAUCUAAUUCAUUUCAUUUGGAAAAUUGUCAUUGGCAAUAUUUUGCUUCAAUUCACGAACCAAUUUUCCAUUUAAUUCCUGAGUUUGAUUGUAUUAACCCCAGUCCUGCUGUUUGGUAAGAGUCACUGCUAAAGCAAGCACUGGUGUGUAGACAAGUAUAGGAGUGAUGUCAUUUCCUCUCAAUAAACUGUCAUAGUUAUGACUUAUCUCACAAAUCCAGUCAGUACCUGUAUUCUGUUUCUGUCGUGCUUCUCGGACAUACAACGCAAGUGAAUUUGGAGCGUACUCCAGUGGAGUGGUUGGUCUCAUCUUCUGUUCUGUGAAUGAGACAAGGGUUAGCGGGGUGGGCAAAGUUAGGGGGUUGGGGGUAAGGAAGGUGGGUUGGCAAACUAAUGACCUUAUUUGCACAGAUCUGUUUUGGAAUCAAAUCUUGGCAAUCGUUGUUUUGUUGAUUUUUAAGAGGUUGUAUUUGUUUAUAUAAUAAAGUAAUAAACCAAUUUAAAUAAAUGCUAA